GCCGUAAUGAGUAACAAACAAAUAAAAAGCAAAAAGGCUUUGCAGGAGAUUACAUUUAUUGUUUUUCAAAACAAAUCGAAAUUCAACUUGGGAAUGGAAUUAUUUAAAUGUUCUGGUACCCGAGAAUUGUCAGAUGAGGCAAACUUGAAUAUGGUAUUUUUUUUAAAAGGUAAUAGUGAACCGGACAGACCCCCUUAUUUUCUUCUCACCUUUUUCCUCCACAAGUUACCUGUUUUUGCCAUUUCCUUGUAUAAAAUUAAAUAA